AUGGACGACGACGAUGGACUCAUGCUCAACUUUGCCUCGGCCUCGACGACGGGCGCCGGGGCCGCCAGGAAGCCAAACAGCCGCGAGAGGAGAAAGGAGCACAUUGCCACCAACCGCGCCAACAAGCAGCAGCACCACCAGCAGCAGCAGCACAGCGGUGCCAGUGUCAGCAGCAGCAGUAAAUCGCCAUCAGCGCGCCCAGCAGUGGCAUCCUCGACGCAGCAGCCACGGCCACGGCAAUCGCCCGCACAGCCCCGCGCAGGCCCAUCGUCGUCGGCAGCACCGGCGGCGGCUCCUCCGGCCGCCAAGAGGCAGAGGGUGCAAUCCGCUUCGGCAUCGUCCGCCGCACAGCCAUCGGCAGGAUCCGCCCGCGUACCCGCUGGCGGUGUCAUCUCGUCGCUCUUCCCCACGACCCGCACGACGGCACCUUCCGAUGUCGCCCUGUCAUUCCAGUCGGCCGCCGCCGCCGCCGCUGCCGCUGCUCCCAAAAAGGACCACGCACCCACCAACGCGCCCUCGGCCAACGCCAGCUUUGCCGACCUCGGCCUGGACCCGCUGCUCGUCGCCCACCUCGCCACAAAGAUGAACAUCGGAACCCGCCCGACGUCGAUCCAGAAGAUGGCGCUGCCCGCCCUCCUCUCGCCCGAUGCGUCCCGAGACGUCUUCAUCCAGGCCCAGACCGGCUCCGGAAAGACGCUCACCUACCUCCUCCCCAUCCUCCAGUCCCUCCUCCCCCUCUGCGAGGAGAGCUUCAUCGAUCGCUCCGUCGGCACCCUCGCAAUCAUCCUCGCCCCCACCCGCGAACUCGCAAGGCAGAUCUACGAGGUCCUCGAGAAGCUCGUCUCGCUCGCACUCACCCUCAAGCAGCAGCAGGAGGAACAGCAGCAGCACCAGGACAGAGCGAGCGCAGGUGACGACGACGACGACGACGACGCCGCCGUCGAACGCGCCACCGUCCGCCGCACACGCUGGCUCGUGCCCGGCCUCCUCUGCGGCGGCUCGACGCGCAACCACGAAAAGCAGCGCCUCCGCAAGGGCUGCCCCAUCCUCGUAUCCACGCCCGGCAGGCUGCUCGACCACCUCCAGAACACGUCGAGCUUCGAGGUGGGCAAGUGCCGGUGGCUCAUCCUCGACGAGGCAGACCGCCUCCUCGAGAUGGGCUUCGAGGAGCAGCUCACCGGCAUCAUCAAGGCCCUCGACGGCAGGCGAAGGCUCGGCUGCGUGGCCGCCAGAGAGGCCAUGCCCGGCUACGACGCCGACGCUGCGCCCGGCACCGACGCCUACAUCCGCGACGUCGAAGUGACCGACUCGAUGGGCAUCGCCUGGUGGUCCCACCGCCGCAGAGUCGUCCUCUGCUCGGCCACGCUUGACGAAAACGUCCAGGUGCUCGCGGGCAACACGCUCCAGAACCCGCUCGUGCUUCGCGGCGGCAAGGACGAGCCUGCGCCCGCAGCCAUCUCCGGCGCCGACGCCGACGCCGCAACCGCUUCCGCCGGUGAUCACGGCAGCGCCGAGGCCGUCGACGCCGGCGAGACCGCCGAUGCUGCCGCCCCGGCCGCCAAGCACCAGUUCUCGGCCCCCGCCCAGCUCGAGCAGAACUACGUCGUGACGCCGCCCAAGCUGCGCCUCGUCACGCUCCUCGCCGUGCUGCGCGCCUACCUGGCUCGCGCCAAAAAGACGCUCAAGUUCAGCGACACCUCCGCUACCGGCGCUGCCGCCGCGACGGGCGCCGGCCGGAUCAUUGUCUUUAUGAGCUGCACCGACUCGGUCGAUUUCCACUGGAAGGCCCUGGGCGGCGCCAAGAUGUCGGCGCUCGACGACGCCGACGACGAGUCCGACUCGUCCUCCGACGAGGGCGGCGAGGGCGAAGCAAAGAUGCGCAAGAAGAAGCAGGCGCCCGUCUUCCAGACGUCGGAGCUGAUCCCCAACGUGCCCAUCUUUAAGCUGCACGGAUCCAUGACGCAGGCGGAGCGGAUCGCCUCGCUGCGUGCGUUUUCGCGGUCCGGCGAUGCGGCGGCGGGGGCGGCCAACGAGGGCGGCGGCAGCGGCAAGGGUGCGAUCCUGUUCUGCACCUCGGUGGCGUCGCGCGGCCUGGACCUGCCGCAGGUCGGGUGCGUCGUGCAGCUCGACCCGCCGACCGAGGGCGGCAUCGAGGAGUACCUGCACCGCGUCGGGCGAACCGCGCGGGUCGGAAAGCGGGGCGAGUCGUGGCUGCUGGUGCAGCCGCAGGAAGAGGGGUGGGUGCACGACGUGCUCGAAGCCAACAUGGUCAUCGACUCGCCGUCGUCGGCAUCGCUCGCCACUAGGGCGGGACGACGGGACGAGGACGACGUCAAGAUCGCGCCCGCGGCGCUGGAGCCCGUGCUCCUCUCUGGCUUUGGCGGGGAGCGGGGUACGUUGGAGUACCAGUCGCGCGCGACUGACGUGCAGCUGGCGUUUGAGCGGUGGGUGCUGCACCGCGACGAGGCGAGCGAGCUGGCGCGCCGCGCCUUUUUGAGCCACGUGCGCGCCUACGCCACCCACCCGAGCCAGGAGAAGCAGUGGUUCAACGUGCGCACGCUGCACCUCGGUCACCUCGCCAAGGCAUUCGCACUGCGAGAGGCUCCAAAGAGUCUCGGCGCCAAAUCCAAGUCCAAGUCCGCUUCCGCUUCCGCUUCCGCCUCGGCCUCGGCUGCGGGGGACAAGAAGCGCAAGCGAAUCGGCGGCGGUGGCAAAGAGGACGCUGCGACGACGACGACGACGGAUGGAUUCGAACUGGACAAGCAGGCGCUCAAGAACCUCUCGUCCUCGAUCGUCUCUGGUGCGGGCGGCAAGGGCGGGAUGACGGACGAGGUGUGGGAGGCGCAGCGGCGGAUGCGCGGCAAAGGUGGGCAGGGCGAGACCGAGGCCGAAUCGCGCAUGUACGCCAAGGUGCGCGCGCUCGGCAAACUGUCGCGCAAGCACGGCGUCCUGGCCGCCCACGCCGCCGACGACUUCCAGAUCGCCUAG